CUAGCUGUUUUUGUAUCCGCUCCAGAGUGGGUUCAACCGCCAACUAAGUUACGCUUUGCCAUGUCACCGAAAAGAAGUUAGAGCCUGCAUUUAUUUGAUGAAAAGCGGAUGUUCGCUGGCAUUCCAACACCCGCCGUUGGAUGUAUGACAUUAACUAAUGAACGCCACACAACGAAGCUACAAGACUCAUGUUUUCGUCCAGCCAAGAGGAGCACUGCGCCCCCUCCAAAGACCCAGUUAAAUACGGCGAGCUGGUCGUUUUGGGGUACAAUGGCUCCCUGCCCAAUGGGGAUCGCGGUCGACGGAAAAGCAGAUUUGCGCUAUACAAGAGGACCAAAGCCAAUGGUGUUAAGCCGAGCGCCGUGCACAUACUCAACACACCCCAAGACAGCAAGGCUGUCAACUCCAAAGGCCAGCACAGCAUCUCAUACACACUGUCCCGCAACCAGACAGUGGUGGUGGAGUACAGCUAUGAUAAGGACACCGACAUGUUUCAGAUUGGCCGUUCCACUGAGAGUCCCAUAGACUUUGUGGUGACAGACACAAUAGCAGGAGGCCAGGAGGGCGAGGAGACUCCCAUCACACAGAGCACCAUCUCACGUUUCGCCUGCCGGGUCGUAUGUGAGCGGAACCCUCCCUACACCGCUCGAAUCUUCGCAGCCGGGUUUGACUCAUCCAAGAAUAUUUUCCUCGGGGAAAAAGCUGCAAAGUGGAAGAACCCUGAUGGUCAGAUGGAUGGUCUGACAACCAAUGGUGUUCUGGUGAUGCACCCCAAGGGCGGAUUUACGGAGGAGUCCAAGCCCGGCGUGUGGCGGGAGAUUUCUGUGUGUGGGGAUGUUUACACCCUGAGGGAGACGCGCUCAGCUCAGACUCCGGGCAAACUGGUGGAGAAUGAAAGUAAUGUCCUCUUGGAUGGCUCGCUGGUGGAUUUGUGCGGUGCGACCUUGCUGUGGCGCACCGCUGAGGGUCUCUUUCACACUCCCACCCAAAAGCACCUGGAGGCUCUUCGUCAAGAGAUCAACGCGGCGAGGCCCCAGUGCCCCGUGGGUCUGAACACCCUGGCCUUCCCCAGCAUGCAACGCAGCCGCGCCCUUUCCUGCUUGGAGGACAAGCAGCCUUGGGUGUACUUGGCGUGCGGCCACGUGCACGGUUACCACAACUGGGGGCAUCGCUCGGAGCAGGAGCCCAACACCCAGCGAGAGUGCCCCAUGUGUCGCGUGGUCGGCCCCUACGUUCCGCUCUGGCUGGGCUGCGAGCCCGCCUUCUACGUGGACACAGGCGCCCCCACUCACGCCUUUGUGCCGUGCGGACAUGUGUGCUCGGAGAAGUCUGUUAAGUACUGGUCGGAAAUCCCUCUGCCCCACGGCACCCAUGCCUUCCACGCCGCGUGCCCCUUCUGUGCCACCCAGCUCAGUCUCACUCAGGGCUGCUCCAAGCUAAUUUUCCAGGGCCCCGUGGACUGAUGUGAGGGGCGGAUUCUGCUCUUGGGCAAGAGUGAUAACAUGCUGUGAAACUGUUGACAUUAUUUUGUUUCCUUUUCCUCACAUUAGAUCCUCCAUGGGAAGCUCAGGUGGUGAUAUUAUGGAUUCGAAAGGCUGUCUGGAUGCUCUGUGAAGGCCAAAUGUCGGGCCCUUCCCUUCCCAAACCAGAUACUGUUUCAGCUAUCCUGCCAAGCAAUUGCUUUAAAGAAAAUAUGCUCCAGCACUGGUGGGCUACAUAUGAUUUACAGUAGCUGGUGGAUUUUAUGCUUUAGGUAGAAAGACUUUAUUGUUUUUACUCUUUUUACUCUCAAUAACAAUGAGCGCGUGUAGGCGAGCCUGAAGCAGGUUCAGUAUAGCUCCUGGUGGAUCAGAGGUCUCCGAGCCAGACAGCUGGACUGUUGGCUUGAAGAACCUCACGGGUCUGAUGCAUCUCAUGUGCGUGUCAUUUGGACCCGAACCCCUUAACAGUAUCUCCUAACCCUACGGAGGUGGCUUUUAUAUGCUUAAUAUACAGUCAGAAUUCAGUGCCUCUAAUCCCACGAAGCAGUGGGAAUAUAUUUCACAGAAGAGAGAAGAGAAGAGUAUUUAGUUGAAGGCAAGUGUGGAGCUAGCUUUGCAUACGGGUGUAAGGAAAUGCCAGCCCACACCGACCCAUCUCCACAUUUGUAUCUGACAGAAGAACUAUUUUACUACACUGAGGCCCUCGUACUGUUUUUAAUGCAAAUGUUAAUAUAUUUUCCUGCAUAAAUAAUUUGUGCGAAAUUGUUUUGUGUGUGCAUGUGCUGGACACCGUGGGUGCCCUCGGGCUUUAUUUGAAAGAAAGGCCCUGCAUCACUUCACCCCCAAAUCCUCCCUUCUGAUCUCUCAGCCCACCAGCCAAACGCUCGACGAGGACCUUGCAGGGCUUGACAAUGAUUGUACUGGAUUACAGCCUCUUGAUAGACUAGAAAGAUAAGACCUGACACUGUGUAGCGAGCAUUAUGCAUCACUGAUAAGUGUGUCUCAGUCCCACACGUGUACUGUACGCCGUCUGCACUGUUGUUGGCUUCAUCCUGCGCUGGCUUCAAUCCAGCAACUGGGGCGCCAAGAAACCUGGGCAUCGCCUCAGCAGCGUGCAGAGAUUAUACCAAAUAUAAGGAGGAGCUAUUUUCUCUCACACGCAAGAAGCAAAAGUGGUUCUGUAAACAAUCCCUAAACCGGGACCGUUGCUGCGGCGCAAUGUUGACAGCUUUGGUUUCUAGUCGCAUGCACCAGCUCCGUGGGAAUAAUGAUAUUAUCUCACAUGAUGCCAAAUUUGUUCUUUUGUUUUCACGGAUGACUCAAAAACGAACUAGCGGAUAAAGUGAAAGU